AUGAGUGGCAUACAAAAUGAAGCAUUCCUAACAACGGAACAGGAGGAUGGUAACACACUUACGAAACGCAAGUCCAACGGUUUCACGACGAUCGUGGAGGGAAUGCCAGCGAUGUCGUACCAAAAUGAUGAUGGGCCUGUCUCACCGCAGGACAGUUCGAUGGCGAAGCAAACAGCGGGACCAACAGAGACACUCUACGACAGACUCAGCGGGGCCAUCGGGCGCCACAAGAAACACAUCCAAUUGGGCGUGUACAUCAUACUCAACGUCAUCGUUAUCGUGUACUUCGGUUUUGCCACCAAUUAUUAUUUGGAGUAUGAGCAAGAUGACUGCGGUAUGCAAUGGUGCACCGGAUAUGGAAUGUUGGUGCUGCUCAUCGGUUUUGUCUACUUGGGACUGCUGUACUACUAUGUGGUAAAGCCGUUGCUUGGGAGCCAUUUUAGGAGCUUUAUUAUACAACCUACAACCAGGGUAGUGACUCGUUUUUCCAAAUUAUGGUAUGUUCGAGUAGGAGUGGUGUGCUUAGUACUAGUCGGGUUCGGUGUAUUCGUGUAUUUUGAAACGCGCGAUCAAACCGAACGCCUGAUAUCCCUGGCCGGAAUGGCCUUCCUGAUGGUGAUAUCUGCCCUGCUGUCCAAGCACCCGACUAAAAUAAACUUCCGUCCGGUCGUGCUUGGCGUGGUUUUCCAGUUUCUACUCGGAUUGUUCUGCAUUCGCUGGGAAGUUGGUCGUAGCAUCUUCUCCUGCGUCGGCAACAAAGUGGCGACGUUCCUGAACUACACCGCCGCCGGGGCCUCGUUCGUGUACGGAUCCGUGCUGGUCGGUGGGGGCGAGAAUGAGUACGCAAUCUUCGCGUUCUCCGUCCUGUCUGUGAUAUACUUCUUCAGCUUUUGCAUCUCGAUCCUGUACUACCUGGGCGCGAUGCAGUGGGUCGUGCUGAAGCUGGGCUGGAUCUUGCAAUCGAUCCUUGGUACAACGGUGUGCGAGAGUGUGAUUGCGGCGGCAAACAUCUUCCUUGGCAUGAGCGAAUCACCGCUGCUUAUUCGGCCGUACCUGAAGGACUUGACCCACUCAGAGAUUCAUUCGAUCAUGACGUCUGGUUUUGCGACCGUCUCGGGUACGGUGCUUGCGGCGUACAUUUCGUUCGGUGCAAACCCGGCCCACCUGAUCACGGCCAGCGUAAUGGCCGCACCGGGGGCCCUUUGUUUCGCCAAAAUGAUCUACCCGGAGACGGAGGAAAGUAAAACCCGCUCGGACAACAUACAGAUGGAAGAAUCCACUGACUCGUCUAUAUUAGAUGCGGCUAGCAACGGUGCCAGUGCUGCCACUCCACUCGUUCUCGGUAUUAUUGCCAACCUCAUAGCGUUCGUGGCAUUUGUUGCGUUCAUCAACGGCAUGCUGUCCUGGUUCGGUUGGCGUGUCGGCUGGGAGGACAUAUCGUUGGAGAUGAUUUUCGGUGCCAUCUUCCGGCCGCUGGCGUUCGUCAUGGGUGUCCCGUGGGACGACAGCUACUACGUGGGCAAAGUGAUCGGCAUCAAAAUGAUCGUCAACGAGUUCGUCGCCUUUGAACGGUUAGGGGAGUUCAUCAAAGAGAAUGCAAUUACGCCACGUUCGGCCGCGAUCGCGACGUAUGCCGUCUGUGGAUUCGCAAAUCCUAGUUCGAUGGGAAUCAUGAUUGGCACGAUGAGUGCUAUGGCACCUGACAAGCGUUACAUCAUCACAUCCGUCGCCGUAAGGGCCUUUUUAACCGGUUCCAUUGUCUGCUUCAUGACGGCUAGCAUCGGUGGGUUGCUAAUGGAUGAUACGAUUUUCAACAAUUUCGGCCGCGCCAUGGAACCAUUGGUGGUGAACGGAACGGCAGGGGAAUCCCUUCUUCUUAGCCAUUAACUAUGUUAGAGUGUAGUGCGAUGAAAUAGAGGUAACGAAUAAAAUACGAGAUAAUA